GUCUAAAUCGAAAUGAGCACGUCUCCUUCUCCAGUGUUGUUAGGGACAACGUAUUAUCUUCACUGACCGAAACAAGCAGCUGAGUGGAGGCUUUGUGCGAGUGCGAGCGCUUGAACACGAUGGGGUAGGGCGCGUCAGUACGGUGGAAUAUGUGGGCUAACAGAAGAGGACCGUGGAUAAAAAUACCAGAUGGGGAAACCAUAGCUAUGUAAUUCAGGAAUGAAGCAUCCACAGCCUCCUCGAGCAAGAGCGCCCCCACCGGCCAGUUGGGUGUCUGCACUACUUAAACAGGGCGAUGAUGUCACUGACUGCGCAGGUGAGCGGCUCCCUGCUCGGCUGGGCCGCGCUCUACCGCCUGCUCUGCCGCCUGAAUAGCCGGCGCACCAACGAGUGGAACUGUCGCCUGGUGACGCUGCUUCACGGCGUCCUCAUCGUCUGCGUCACGGCCUACAUCGGCUUCAUCGAUGGUCCCUGGCCGUUCACGCACCCAGGUACAGAGAACACACCCCUGCAGGUCAUAGCCCUGGUCCUCAGCCUGGGCUACUUCGUCUUCGACAUGGGCUGGUGCGUGUACUACCGCACGGAGGGCCCGCUGAUGCUGGCGCACCACACCAUGAGCAUUCUGGGAAUCCUGCUGGCGCUGGUGCAGGGCGAGUCGGGCAUCGAGACGUGCGCCGUGCUCUUCGGCACGGAGAUCACCAACCCGCUGCUGCAGGCGCGCUGGUUCCUGCGCAAGCUGGGCCGCUACGACACGCUGGCGGGCGACGCGGUCGACGCGCUCUUCGUCCUGCUGUUCGCCGGCGUGCGCAUCGGGGUGGGCGGCCGCAUGCUGUACUGCGAGCUCGCCUCGCCCCGCCCCUCGCUGGCCGUCAAGGGGGGCGGGGUGGCCAUCUACGGCCUCUCCUGCGUCUUCAUGGUGGACAUCGCCCGCUUCGCCUGCCGGAAAAGCGCCGGCAAAUUCCGCCGCUGGAAGGAGCAAUGCAAAGCGCUGGGGGCCAAUGGGAACUCUGGGAGGACCGGCUGAGAACUCCGCCCCCGGGAUGUGGAACGUGAGGACAAUCUACAUAUGGAGAACGAGAGAUAGGAAGGAAACAUUCGCUUUGAAGUUACAUAUUGCACAAUGCACAGCAAGAAACAAACUCACUUUUAUUUUUUAAAAAUAUUUGUUUGUAGCUCAUUUUAUUAUGUUAAGUAACAGACCGUGCAUGUGUGAGAGUGUGUAUGUAUAGUAUUUAUGGUAAUACCUAUGUUUUUGUCCUUACUGAAAACAAAGUGGUGCUGAAUAUCAUUCACAAUGUAAAAUUGAUUUAUAGUUUUAUAAAUUAUACAUUUUAUUUCUAGACAGAAAUAAGCAGCCAGACUUGAUAAACCGCACUAAUCAUCAUAUGACAAAAUGUAAAAUGUUUUUGGCUUAAAAAUGUGUUUGUACUAUAGCUUGACUAUACUAUAUACUAUUGACUUGAGUUUUAUCUACCUCUUGUUCAGCUGAGACAUUAGCAAACAGCUUUUUUAACUUUGUGUACUGAAAGGAUUGUGCAAGUUAGUUUUUAGAAUUCUGAACCAGUCUACUUAUUUUGGAGAAAAGAUAACGUUUUAUCUUGGUUUACUCAAUAUGAAAGGGUUAAAAUAUGUUGCAUCUGCUGGAUUUUAUUUUAACUUGUUAAAUGUUGAAAUGCUAGCAUUAGCAAUCUCACUGCCAAAUCCUGCUGCUGUAUACUGUGAAUGGAUGCAGUGUAGUCUAAGCACUUAACACCUCGUUUGGUAAAAUGUUCGUGUGGCAUACCCUGGAGAUUGUUUGUUUUCUGAAGGCAGAAGUCACCAAAUCUGGGGAAGGUCAUAAUUCAGGUAAAUAUUGCAUAAAGUGUAACAGUAUUAAUCGUGAUCAUUUAGGCAGAAGGAACUUCCUGCUAUUCCAUAGGAUAAUUAACCCGAAGGAAAGUAUUUGGUUGAAGAACGUAAUCCAAAAAUGUGUUAAAAACUUUGUUGAUGAAUUUAUACUGGGAAAUCUGGGGAAGGUCAUAAUUCAGGUAAAUAUUGCAUAAAUUUGUCAGGUAAUAGCCAGUUACUGUAUAUGUGUCAGAUAUGUCCAAUAGAACUUGCUUUAUUUUAUUAUGUAUUAAUUAGUCAAAUAAAAUAAUGCACAUUUGAGUACAAA